ACGGGGGUUUUUCCGUGGGCGGAGCCUAACGGCACGGCGCUACAUUUCCCGUUCACACGGCGCUGAAACAGAACGAGCUCGUGCGUGAACGGAGCGGGUUGUCCGGAUGUUUGUCUCACUUCUCCACUUCCUCUCCUUGAUGUGGGUGGUUCAUGCCACCCUAUUAGAAGCCCUUCCCACCGACCAAUCAGGACCACAAUGUGUGAACUGGGGUGUGUAUGCAAGAGAAGCGGUGAGAGUGUAUGAGGGUGAAGCGGGGAGAAUACACUGCCCGCUCUUCUCAUACCCGAAGUUGUAUAACUACGCUCAGAUUCAGAGCACAGGACACACACUGCUCUGGUACAAACACACACACGAGCUGGAGGAGCCCGUUGACCUCAGCCUACCAACGUACGUCAAACACAAAGACGCGCUGUGGAUACAGCCGGCUAGCAUGAAGGACGGAGGAGAGUACGUUUGCAUUCUCAGGAACAUGUCCUCUUGUGUGAAGAUCGGAGUUAGAUUGGAUGUGGUUCCCCGUAAGGGUGACUGUGAUUACACACUGCACCGAAACUUCUCUGUCCCAAUAAUGAGUAACUUUACACUUCGCUGUCCCAAUGUGCAGCACCUACCAACCAAGAAGCACAGCAUCAUCUGGUACCAUAAUUGUAGUAGCAACUUUUUAGAUUUUACCUUCAGAGAAGCGGACGGUGACACGGUUGUGAUCAAUCAGAUGUUCACUCAUUACAGAGGCCCUUACACCUGCGUGGUCACCUACCAGAGCAACGGACACACACUCAACUACACACAUACCAUCAACCUCAGAGCCGUGUCCAACGAAGGGGCCAAAGAGCCAAAGAUAUUGAAUCCAGCUAAUAGGGAAAUUUACAACAUCAGAGUGGGCAAGAACGCAAAGUUUUCCUGCCGCGCAUUCCUGCCAUACCUUAGUGACGAGGAGCCGCACGUGUGGUGGAGCGUCAACAACAAGACGCUGGAGGAACUGUCCGAGUCUCGGUACACCUCGCCUGAAUUCAGGGUGGUGGAAGAUGAUUACGGUGACCGAACUGUUGAGAGAAUGUUGAAUGUGUCACCGUUUAAAGAAGAAGACCUGCACAAAGAGUUUCGCUGCUCUGUUCAUAACAGUAAGGGAUUCGACAGCAGAGCCGCCACACUGAAAGAGGAAGUGUACGUUCCCUCUGUAGAGCUCGGCUGUGGUCUCGGUGUGACUCUGGUUCUUGCGUUGUUGCUCUUUGUGUUGUAUCGUGUCUUCUGGCUUGAGGUGCACCUUCUUUAUCGCUCCUGGUUCGGCACGGAUGAGAGAGACACAGAUAAUAAGGAGUAUGAUGUGUACAUUUCGUACGCACGCAACACAGAGGAGGAGGAGUUUGUUAUGGAAACACUGAGGCGUGUGCUAGAGGUGGAGUUUGGAUACACAGUGUGUAUAUUUGACAGAGACAGCCUGCCAGGAGGAACUGUAACGGAGGAGACCCUGCAAUUCGUCAGCCGUAGCCGGCGCUUGCUGGUCAUACUGAGUGCAUGCAGUGCAUUUCGGGAUGCCCAGGCUCUCCUGGAGGUUCGGGCAGGUGUGUCUGCUAUGCUCCGUGGGGGCAGCGUGAAGCUGGUGCUGAUCCAUUAUAAAUCGACUCGCAUGUCACGUGACAAGAGUCACAAACAGAACACACACAAGUGUGUGAAAGAACUGCGGCGUGCACGAAUCGCUCUAGCGCUCGUCCAGUGGGAGGGAGAAAAGUCCACCUCACUCUCAUCACACUUCUGGAAGAAACUGCAGCUGCAGCUGCCUGUGUGCACAUCGACACACGCGACGAAACGUACAACACAAGAUACGUCGUGUAACGGCGAUAAAAGGAGUUCCGAGAGAAACGUGUUAAUGCUGGAAGAGUUACGCACACCUAACACACAACCACACAACCACACAACACACACUGUAGACACAGACGUGCUACACAAAACAUAAUCACCAACAAUAACGUGUGUGUGUGUGUGUGUGUGUGUGUG